AUGCUUCUAAUACCCAACCCGAGCCUCUCCUAGCGCAACUGAAGGCCAUUCCCUCUCGUCCUAUCGCUGUUACGUGCGAGCAGAGCCGACCCCCACCCGACCACAACCUCCCCUUCCAGCUCGGGCUCUGCCACGCGGCUCCCUUGGCGGCCAAUUGCAUCCCGCGAUCGUAUCGGGGCAGGGAGGAGAGGCGCGGGAAAGGGUCGGCGGGGAGGAGGAGGUCGCAGCCCGUUCUCGCGGGCCCCGCCCGGCGGGGUCAAUGCCGGCGCCGCGGCCGCUCUCCGAUGAGAUCUGUGCGGGGCUGUCGGAGACGCAGUGCCAUCGUGGGGACCGUCGCCCUCUGCCUGGCGGCCGGCUGGGCUCUGCAGACUCCUGGAGGAGUGUCGUUAAUUGUCCCGCAGCCCAACAUCAACGCAACGGUGGCACAGAAUGUCCUCCUCUCUGUUGAGUACUCCUGUAGAGGCAUUGCCACUGUGGAGUGGAAACAUGUGUCGAGCUGGGGCACCACCAAAAUUGUGGAGUGGAAAAGUGGGAAUUACAUCAAUAUAUCCAGCACCUAUAAGGACAGAGUGACUACUUUUGAAAAUGGUUCUAUACAGCUUCUGAACGUGGGCAUGAGAGAUGCUGGCUACUAUUUUAUCACAGUCACAGAAGAGUAUGGAACCAACACCUAUGGCACCAUCAUACUCAAUGUUUAUGAGAUUAUCUAUGAAGAUUUACAUUUCGUAGUGGUUCUCUUUGUAUUUCUUGCUGCAGUAUCUGCCAUUUUGAUCUGCUUCAUGUGGCUGUGUAACAAAUCCCUCUACCUGUUCCAGAAGAAGACACAUAAGCUAACAGCAAGUACAACUGAAGAAAUUGAAUUGGAAACCAUUGAGUGUUAGCCAAGGACUGUCUCAUAACAAAAAUAACAACUCUACCUCAGGAGAAAGUAUUGGCAAGAAAAGCAAGAAGGAACCUAAAAGUUGUUUACACUGCCCAGGGACGUGAACACACAUUUUAUGACAUUACUAGGAAAGGCUGUCGAACAAGGAACUGUGCACAGGCACUGAAGAUGAUGCUGUCUGAAAUGACUGAAGGAUAAAAAACUGACCCCACACCAGUAGAGUGGCAAAACACUGAAAAUCCCCCACAGGCUGAAUCACCCUUUGUUGCACAGGCAGCACAGCAACGACUCAAAGCCCCCACGAGGAGACUGAGAGAUGAUCAGCAUGGAGUCAGGGCUGCCAUGAGCAGCUCCAUUUUAUACACGAAGUUGCGCCCUUCCAUUUUAUUCCACUGGACUUCCUUGAAGGGCCCUCGAAGAUGGUUCCACUUGUUGUCCUGCAGCACGUCGCCCUUGGGGAGAUCUUUGCACUGACUCCGUGGAAACUGAACCAUAACUUUGCUGCCACUUUCAGGACCAUUACGUACUGUGAUGAACAAGGAUUUUAUGAGUAUUUUUACUCAUGUUAAAUACCCUCCCUCAUGUAUGCAGUACAUUAUUGUUGAGUCAAUUCCAAACAUGCUGAAAACAAAUGACAAAUUGCCAUACAUAUAUUUAUGUUGUAAGCUGGUUUCACACUUUUUCACUACAGUUUUUAUGUUGGCACUGCUCUUUGCUAAAGCAAAUCAAAGAAACAUUUGACAAACAAUCCACAGAAUACACAUUUCACAUGAAGUGCAAAGAAAAAUAGCCUUAAUAAUA